CUGGAUAUUGAUUUAGUGGUAUUUUUCCUCGAUAAUGUUGAGAGAGAGGUCCCAACUUCGAAUCUUCUCCCUCAACACAAGUAGAGACAUGAACUUUUUACAGCUGGUUAAUAUAUGCAGGAGUUAUUUUUACUGCAUCAAGCACUCCACCCAGAUUUCCUUUCCACUCAACAGCAAUUGCUCAAUAAUGGGCUAUACAAGAGCAUUUUGCGAGGGAAAACAAUGGGAAGGUGGUUGAAAGAUCAAAAGGAGAGGAAGAAGCAGGAACUCAGAACCCAAAAUGCUCAGUUGCAUGCAGCUGUUUCUGUGGCUGGGGUUGCUGCUGCUGUAGCAGCAGUUGCAGCUUCAACUGCAUUGCCUGAAACUUCAGCUGCCCACCAGAAAGCCCCACUAAUAUCGGAGCUGAGGACUGAAACAUCAGCUGCACUAGCAUCUGCAGCUGCUCUUGUAGCGUCGCGUUGCAUUGAGAUUGCGGAGGAAAUGGGAGCUGAUCAUGACCACAUUCUAUCAGUUGUCAACUCUGCAGUAAAUGCAAGGACGAAUGGAGAUAUCAUGACCUUAACUGCUGGAGCAGCUACAGCUUUACGAGGAGCUGCUACACUUAAGGUAAGGCUGCAAAAGGAGUAUGGAGGCACGAACUUGGUUCUGGCUGACGAAAAACUUGAAGGAAAAGAAUCAAAUUCAGCACUGAACUUUGUCACUAGAGGAGGUGAACUCCUCAAACGUACAAGGAAAGGUGAUCUCCACUGGAAGCGAGUUUCUUUCAACAUUAAUUCAAAUGGGCAGGUUGUAGCCAAAAUGAAAAGCAAGCACAUGGCGGGAACAUUUACGAAAAAGAAGAAAUGUGUAGUCUCUGGAGUCUACUGUGACAUCCCAGCCUGGCCGGGAAGGGAGAGGGAAGAUGGAAGCAAACCAAGGGCAUACUUUGGGAUAAAAACAGCUGAAAGGACAAUAGAAUUUGAAUGCAAGAGUAAAGGUGACAAACAUAUGUGGACUGAGGGGAUCCACCAUAUGUUGAAUUUCAUGCCAACAUAACACAAUUCCAAGGAAGGUUAAAAUUUGGAUUGAUGUAAAAUUGAAUUGUUAGAUUUUUCACAACAAUCAAUGUGCAGCAACCAUCUCAAAAUCUUAGCUCUACAUAUCGUUGGGCAAGGAUGGCACUUAUAACAGAUGUUACAGUCUUGUACAGAGUGCUAUAUCUACAAGUUUGAUUUGGGUAUGUUCUCUCAGGGACUGCUUCAAGAUAAAUAAAAUUGGCAGGUUAGAAUAAUCUA